AUGGCGCGGCGAAAACCAUCGGAGCAGCCGCUCGACGACGGCUCGCGACGUGUGCGAACGAGAUCCGUGUCGCGAGGAGUCGCCGGCAGCCGUGCGACGUUACCCACAGCUCCCUUCCAAGAAGCAGCGGACGACACGGGCGACGCCGAGCGCACUCCCAGAAAUGCACCGGUUCUUACCGCUCUGAACGGCGAUGAGUUCGACCGAACGGAUGGCGAUGAACGGCCUGAUGAACCUGCCGAGCGAAGCAUCCCUAGAGGGCUUGAAGAUCGUACGGCUGAUGAUGCUGCGGAUGCCAUUAUUGGCGAUAACGCUGCAGCUGGCACGGAUUCCGGACAGGUUGGCGCUGACUCGGAAAACGUCGGCGGAGGUGGAGCCAGCAUGGAUGCGGGUGACGUGGCGCGCCGUCGAUUUCUUUCGAUCGCACGGCAGAGGGCCGCCCAUUUCGCCCACUUCGAUGAUUCUUCCCGCCUGACCUCCGCUCGCCGCACAGGCGCGCGCGAAACCUCGCCCGUUGCCGGCGCUCCCCCCCCCUCCGCUUCCGCCGAGGCUGCCGCCACCGCGGGGCAGGGAGGGGGUCGAGGCGGAAGCGGCGGCGGGCAGGCGCGUGGGGCGGGGGCGGCGGAGCAGUGGCCGGGCCCGUUCGCCACAGCGAGGCAGCUGGUGCGGGGAAGAGCCGCGGCUGCCGCCGCCAGGCAGGCGCAGGGGGGCGGGGGGGCACGCACAGGGGAAAGCGCAGGGGAGCGGGUGGGCAGGGGAAGCAUUGCGCAAGGCAGCGAGGCAGGGGGGGAAGUGGGCGGUGGAGCGGGAACCACAGGCACUGGUGCCAGCACCGUUCCAGCUGGGGUAGCUGUAUCGUGGACUCCCAAAUCGCAGAGAAACACGGGAGGAGGGGGAAGAGACGAGAGAAGCGGGGGCGGAGGGGGACUCGGGCCGCGCAGCCUGUACUCCCUGUGCCUGGACAUGGUAUCAGCGCACAUAGAGGCGCUGGAGUCGCUGGAGGGGGUGCCGGACGGCGUGCGGCGGGACCUGAGUGCGUGCCUGAGCGCACAGAGGCGCCUGGACGGCCCCGCGCUGCUGCUGCUGGUGGGCGGCGUGGCGGCGGAGCUGGCUGUGGCGGACUGCUCGCUGGUGGGCGAGGCAGACCUGCACCGCGCGCUCCUCACCUGCCACCCUGCCAAGCUGGAGCUCGUGGAUCUCUCCAUGUGUGGUCGCAGUCUCUCAGACACCUGCUUCACCACCACCCUGCUACGCGCCCCAGCCUCCCUUCCCGCCCUGCGUUCCCUCUCCCUGCAAGGCGCCUACCGUCUCUCCGACACCUCCCUCCCCCCGCUCGCCCUCUCCGCCCCCUCCCUCGCGCACCUCUCCCUCCUCCACUGCCCGCUCCUCUCCGCCCCAGCAGUAUCCACCCUGCUCUCCUCCCUCGCCUCCUCACUCAAAACCCUCCGUUUGGACGGGUGCACUCAGCUGAGCGCGCAUGCGCUGCUGCCGGGGCUCAGGGCGUUGACGGGGCUGACCUGCCUGUCGCUGGCAGGAGUGCCGUCAGUGACGGAUGCCGUGCUGGCUGACCUGCUGCCCGCUGUGGGCGGGCACCUGAGGGACCUCUCUCUCGCACACUGCGAGGUGGUAACAGACGAGUCCAUGGCUGCGGCAGCAGUCCACGCACCGUCCCUAACCGCUCUGGACCUCUCACACCUGCCUCUACUCUCUGACGACUCCCUCCACUCCCUGUGCUCCGCUCAACUCAAGCUGCGAUCGCUCAACCUCACUCGAACCAACUUCAGUGACUCGGCUCUCGCUUCUCUGGUGCAGUCCUCAGGCGCUGCCCUGCACACCCUCUCAGUCAAUGCUGUCUAUGAGUGCAGUAAACAGCAGGCGCCCAGUUCAUCUCUCUCACCUGCUCGUCCCACGAUCUCACAGACUCCCGCGAUUGCUCUUUCUGGUGCUCAUGACCCACCACGCCCCUGCUCUCGCUCUCCCUCAUCGCACAACGCCCUCCCCCCCCUGUCCCCAUCGCACAGGCAUCGGACGGGCUGCUGGUCGCUCUAG